AUGAGGUUGAUCUUAUUCAAUUCGUUACUGAUUGGUUUCGUAUUUUCACAAUGCCCAAAUUCACAACUACAGGAACCCUGCUCAUGCACUUCCACAAGAUACGAAGCAGUCAACAUUGUUUGUGAUGGUGGAUCUUCUUUGGAUGAUGUACUGGAAUCUCUGUCCAAUUCUCCACCGAAUAUUGAUAGCCUCACUAUUAGCAAUACACCAAUUGAAAAGAUGCCCGGGUAUGCGUUCCAAGGUUUUCAAAUCAAAAAACUGCUCCUACGAAAUAACGGAUUACGGAGCUUCCACCCGAACACGUUUACUGGCAACCUUGAGGAUUCACUAGAAGAGUUAGAGAUCCGAGGGAACUAUCUGGAUGGAAUCCCACAGUCUGGAGUUUCGAUUUUGAAGCACUUGAAAAUCUUGUCACUACCAGAUAACCUCAUCGAGUACGUGCAAGACAAUGCAUUUCUGUCCUAUCAUAGCAGAGACUCCCUUCUGAAAAUCGACCUCAGCGCUAACAACCUAACCGCUAUCCAUCCUACUGGUCUUCUAGGUCUCGAAAACCUUUCUCAGCUGUCACUGGACAAAAAUUUGUUAUCCGAAAUUCCAUCGCAAGCUCUUGAGAACGUUCCGACGCUAGAAGAUUUGAGUUUGGGAGUCAACAAGAUUCAUGUGAUUUCAAAGGACUCAUUGCCUCUUCCUAAUUUGAAGUCUCUGAGUUUGGAAGUGAACCAGAUUCGUCUUGUGCCAUCGGACAGUUUCGAGCAAACCCCCUUGCUCUCAUAUCUCUAUCUUGGAAACAACCUAAUCACUGCUAUUGAUGCUUCAAUGUUUCUUCACAUCGGAGGACUAAAAGUUUUAUCAAUGAGCAACAACAAGGAUAUCAUUAGCAUCAACGUUAAUGCAUUUCAAUACGCGCCUAGCCUAAUCCGCCUUGAACUUUUCGACUGCUCAAUCAGCAGAAUUGAACCAAAAACGCUUCAAAAAGUUCAACAUCUUCAAGUGAUUCUUCUGAGCAGAAAUCAAAUUACAAGAAUUUCUCAUGACACAUUCUCCAACCUUCCAGAGCUCUCGGAAAUCGACUUGAGUGGAAACUCGAUCAAUUCAGUAGAUGAUUUCGCUUUCAGUCAACUCCCAAUGCUCGUUUCUUUAGAUUUGAGCAGCAACAGAUUAGAAACAUUGCCAAGUAAUGUGAUUUACGACUCAUUGAUGCAGAAGAAGACCACCCCGGUUCAGAGGAAGCUUUCCAUUCAAAAUAACCCUUGGAGAUGCGACAAAGAUCUUCAGUGGCUCCGCAAGUGGCUCAGAGAUAAUGGUGACGUCACCACGACCUCUAGCAACUCUCCGCAAGCAAAGUGCUGGACCCCUUCAAAUCUUAGCGGACUGGAUUUGCGACAGACAGACUCAAAACUUCCGAUCAAAACGACAAAACCUCCAAGUGAUCAGUACCAAAUGAAGAAUCAACACGUCCCAAAUGUAAAUGGCACAGCCCCUCUUGGAUACCAAAAUCCGCACACGGAAGUUAAUGGAUUGGCAUUGGUCGGCUUGAUUUUGGGAAUCGUGCUAAUUGUCUUUGUCAGUUGUAUCGUUCUUGGCUACUUGAUGCGAUUCAUUUUCCUAUCAUACGAAUCGAAAAACAAGCCAAACGUGUUUGGCUCCACAAUCAGCUCCGCCGGAUGCAUUCGGAACAUGUAUGGAGGUGACAGUACCCUGGUAUCUGAAGAUCACGGACACCCAUCCUCAGCCAACAACAAUGUCUAUCUUAACCGACCGCGACACUGGUGGUUUUAA